CUGCCCCAAUGUCUCACAGUAUCUUCUCCGGCUGCUUACCAGCAUCUCCCCUCUGCAGAGACACAAACCCAUCUGAAACAAAGGAUUUUAUUUUAUUAUUUAUUUAUUUAUUUUACCUUUACUUUACUAGGCAAGUCAGUUAAGAACUAAUUCUUAUUUUCAAUGGCCUAGGAACAGUGGGUUAACUGCCUGUUCAGGGGCAGAACGACAGAUUUUGUACCUUGUCAGCUCAGGGAUUUGAACUUGCAACCUUUCGGUUACUAGUCCAAUGCUCUAACCACUAGGCUACCCUGCCGCCCCAUUCAUACAUAUCUGAUCCAAAAUCUUGUUAUGGAGAUAGACCAGAGACUUAAUGGGCUGGACUGCUCCCAUAAGAAUUUUUAUCUCAACGUAGGACACAGAGACAAUUUCUCACGGCAGUAAUGACACACUGGCGGAUGCAAAACAAACCGUGUUCUGCAGAGUCACUGAGCAAAGCCACAAUGAAACAGAAGGGGUUUUCAGAGGGCUUCUGAAAGACACUCAUGACAGUUGACUUGCAAUAACAACUAGAACCUAAAAGACAUCCACACAUAAAGACAGGAAUCAAAUCAAAAAGUGGAGCAAAGAGGAAAACAGGGAAGAUCAGAUAAAGAAUUGUUUGUCUAGAAAUAAAAUAGGGAGCGCCAACUGAAGGUGUUCACCCUCCACAUCUCUCAAGACAACUGGAGCACUGGGCCAACUGAAGGUGUUCACCCUCCACAUCUCUCAAGACAACUGGAGCACUGGGCCAACUGAAGGUGUUCACCCUCCACAUCUCUCAAGACAACUGGAGCACUGGGUCAACUGAAGGUGUUCACCCUCCACAUCUCUCAAGACAACUGGAGCACUGGGUCAACUGAAGGUGUUCACCCUCCACAUCUCUCAAGACAACUGGAGCACUGGGCCAACUGAAGGUGUUCACCCUCCACAUCUCUCAAGACAACUGGAGCACUGGGUCAACUGAAGGUGUUAACCCUCCACAUCUCUCAAGACAACUGGAGCACUGGGUCAACUGAAGGUGUUCACCCUCCACAUCUCUCAAGACAACUGGAGCACUGGGUCAACUGAAGGUGUUCACCCUCCACAUCUCUCAAGACAACUGGAGCACUGGGUCAACUGAAGGUGUUCACCCUCCACAUCUCUCAAGACAACUGGAGCACUGGGUCAACUGAAGGUGUUCACCCUCCACAUCUCUCAAGACAACUGGAGCACUGGGUCAACUGAAGGUGUUCACCCUCCACAUCUCUCAAGACAACUGGAGCACUGGGCCAACUGAAGGUGUUCACCCUCCACAUCUCUCAAGACAACUGGAGCACUGGGCCAACUGAAGGUGUUCACCCUCCACAUCUCUCAAGACAACUGGAGCACUGGGUCAACUGAAGGUGUUCACCCUCCACAUCUCUCAAGACAACUGGAGCACUGGGUCAACUGAAGGUGUUCACCCUCCACAUCUCUCAAGACAACUGGAGCACUGGGUCAACUGAAGGUGUUCACCCUCCACAUCUCUCAAGACAACUGGAGCACUGGGUCAACUGAAGGUGUUCACCCUCCACAUCUCUCAAGACAACUGGAGCACUGGGUCAACUGAAGGUGUUCACCCUCCACAUCUCUCAAGACAACUGGAGCACUGGGCCAACUGAAGGUGUUCACCCUCCACAUCUCUCAAGACAACUGGAGCACUGGGCAAGACUCGUAAAUAACACCUCAAACAGCACAGGUGAAACACCUUCCCACUAAAGAGGUGACAAACCAGCACAGGUGUAACACAUUAUGACUAACGAGGUGACGCCAAUCGGUGCGCCCUACAUGCUAACGUCCAACCUUAAAAUAUAAAUGGAAAACCAAAGCCUGUAACACAUACUAAAUAGAUUUUAGUAAGAUAUAAUACGUUUUGCUCUGAGACCAGACUAAUGGACAGCACAAACAGAUGUAGGACCAGGCUAAAUACAUAAAGUUGCCAAGGGGCAUUUCGCUACACCUGCUAAACGCAUGUAUGUGUCCAAUAAAAUGUGAUUUGAUUAGAUGUUUCUUUUUAACAAAUACCAUUUCAUUGCAGUAACUCUGAUCCAACCUAUCCAUAUGUAUUUUCAGGCCAACAUUGCGGAGGUGCAGCAGGCCAGUCUUCAGCUGCAGAGGGCCAGACCUGCUGUACUGCUAGCUCCACUGGAUGACGAAAGACACAGCAUUCAGACCACAAUGCAGUCUUUAGGGCAGAGGUGGCCCUACAACCAGCAGUACCACAGCGCUACAGUCGACCCCCAGGAGGUAGAGGCUGAGCGGAAGGCUAGGGAGGCCCAGAGGAGGGCAGCCUGGAGGACCCACGAUGGCUUCCUCUACCCAGGCUUCAGGAGUUCCAUCGAGGCCAACGAACACCCCAGACACCCCGAUGAGGCCCGCAGGGACGAGCUCAGGAAGCCUUGGAGAGAGAAUGUGCUACAUGGCAACACCCAGAGACCCACACUGCCUCAGAGAGACAUCCGACCCUGGCUACACCGCUACAAUGACAUGGAGCUCUACAUCACACCCCCACCAGUCUUGAGUCCUGUCCCCCCUGUCACAAUACACCUGGCAGGAGAGCGUCUGCAGAGGGAGCAGCUGCAGGGAGCCCAGUCUCAGUACUACCGCUGGCUGAGGAAGGUGCUGCCUGACGCAGGACACACUCCCGCGCCAAACUGCAGCCACGUGCGGGUCCCACAGUUCAGCUGCCACAUGGGCGGGGCCGACCCAGGGAAGCUGCAUGAUAUACUGAAGGAUCGACCAAUGAAAUACUCCCUCAGGAAACCUGGCCUCACCCUCAAGCCCAUGCCGGUACUGUCAGUACUGCAACAACCCCAGCAGGUCUCCAGGUCAGGCCGUAUGGCGGUGGUGAGAGAGGAGAGCUCGUCCUUCGCCCCAGGACCGUUCCCGGAACACAGUCUGAGAAGGGAUAAGAACACCAUCCCCCGACAACCCUCACACUACAACAAGUACCACUUUACGGAGUUCCUGAGGCAGAGGUCGUUCCAGUACAAGAGGUCAGCUCCUCCCCUAACAGACAAAGAGAGGCGUAUCCACGUUUUCCAGAAACACCCAGCCCCCUAUGACACCAGACAAACUGCUGGAACCAGCCAAUCACAGCCAGCCCAGAGCAUCGUAGAGACUCGGACCUAUAGGGAUGUCACCCUGCACAUCAACUGAGGAAAACCCCUUGAGUGAGUCCCAAAUGGCAGCCUAUACAGUGCACUACUUUGACCAAACGUUGGUACUGUAAAGGGAAUCGGGCGCCAUUUGAGAUGUAACCUCAGACUGAAACCACACCACUGCACUAUGGAUGACAAAUGUGAAAAAUCAACACUUUAAUAUAAUAAAUGGUCAGUAUGUUCCAACCA